AGUACGGCCAUCACGUUUCACAAAGCCAUUUUUCCUCGCAUAUAAAACGCGCUAAUUCUUUCUACCAUUUCCAUUUCACUCAAUCCAAAUUCCGUUCCAUUUCGAGAGAGAGAGGGAGAAUGUCGCAGAGCGUCGAGUCGCCGUCCUCCGCCGCGUCUGGCGGGGAAAUCGUGCUAUUUGGUGUGAGAGUCAGAGUUGAUCCGAUGAGGAAGAGCGUCAGUAUGAAUAAUCUCUCCGAAUACGAGCCUGUUGUCAACAACGGGAACGAGAUGCCGAAGGAUGCGGCACCGGCGGAGGGAUCCGCCGGCUAUGCCUCCGCCGAUGAAGCCGUUCCUCAGCCGUCCGGCGUGAAUCGCGAGCGUAAACGAGGAGUUCCAUGGACAGAGCAAGAGCACAAGCUAUUCCUCCUUGGAUUGCAGAAGGUUGGAAGGGGAGAUUGGAGAGGAAUCUCGAGAAAUUACGUCAAGUCGCGCACUCCAACUCAAGUCGCCAGUCACGCUCAGAAAUACUUCCUCCGCCGGAGUAACAUUAAUCGCCGUCGCCGCCGUUCUAGCCUCUUCGACAUCACCACCGACGCGGUCACUGCAAUGCCAAUUGAAGAGGCCAAGAACCACCACCAAGAGAGCCCACUUCCGCCACCAACCGCGCUGCCUCCGCCCAUCACUUCCAACGGCAGCAAUGGAUUCUCAGUCUCGCCAUUCCCCGUCAUGUUUUCAAUGCAAAGUGGGAGCUCAGCAAUCGAUCAAACUGAAAUGGCCAAAAACUCAUCACCAGCAAUGGUGGAUCUCAACAUGAGGCAGCGGGUCUUGCUCGAGCCAUCGCCUCUAUCCUUGCGGCUAUCUCUUUCCUCCGGCCAGGAUCAGCCACCCGCCUCCGCUUUCCAGAUGGUGCAGGGCUUCAAGAUGGAGUUAGCAGCAUAAGAGUUUUUUUUCUCAAGCGUUGAGAAAAUAAAACCUGCUGAAAACAGCAUCAUAAUGUUAAUUAAUGACGAGGAAAUGGAGUAGGAAAACUAAAAUGCUUUAAUCAAGAAAAAAAUAGAGAAAUAGGCGAAUUAGUUCGGCUAGAAACUGAUCUUGUUUAUAGACAUGAGGAAAUUAUGUCAUGUGUGUUGUACUCCUAAUUAUUAAGAUGCUUUUGGUUCUUGUUA